AUGGAUUCCUGCUUCUUGCCCAUCGAGCUCUGCGAGAAAAUCAUGGACGCACUCCCGGUCUACGAGAGGUUUCCGGGCAGCAAUUGGUUUCUGUUUCCCGAGUAUGUUUGGAACUCGCAACGAGCACUCUGCGCGUGCGCUCUUACCUGUCGCGCAUGGCGCGUGCGGGCCCAGUACCUCCUCUGCACCUUCCCAUCCCUCUUCCAUAUGCAACAAUUUGCUCGCUUCAAGACGGCAUUUCGCAACUCCCGGAACACCGACAUCAUUUGCGGGCUCCUGCUAGGACAUGCCGACGGUGAAGACGAAGCAACCUAUCAGCACGGCAGGCGAACUCUUUACGCACUCUUUCCCAAAUCUGCGGUCCUUGGCCGCAUAUUUGGGUGUGCUGUUACGGAGUUGCAUCUCCUAAGUGAGCAACAUCCCGAGGGGUUCAUCACGCUCUUUGGGGACUCGUUUCCGGCCAUGCGCUCAGUCACGAUUGACUGCACCUUUACCCGGCGGAGCGACGAAGCUCUGGAGCGCCCUUGGCUUCAUGCCAUAGCCACAGGUCGUCCAAUACCCGGGAUCCUGAAGACAAUUGUUCUGGAGCAAUUUCACGGGUUGGAGAAUCAUGAUUUUUGCAAGCAGCUUGUGGGCAUGGGCGAGGAGGUGGUCGGUUCCUCACAGCGGCUUCCAGAUCUCUUACCCGAGCUGGCGGAGCUCGUGAUCCGUCUAGAGGAGUGCGAUAACCCGGAAAGGCACGCUGCGUACAUCUGGAAUGUCUUGCCUGGAAUGCGCAACGUCCUGCGGUUUGAGUAUUGUGGCAAUGAUGAAAAGGACUGGAAACCAUAUACCGUACUUCCAGAGGAUGUUCCGCGUCUUUUGGCUUAG